AGUGCAGGCGAAGAGAACGAGACAGAAUGGUUGGACAGGCUACUACACAGGCUGCCCUGCAGAACAGAUAUGUUGACACUGUUAUUGACCGCGAACCGGAAAUUAUUGGAGCAGACUCGGCAGAAGAGCAGUAUGACGAGGAGGAAGAGGACGACAAUGACUUGAUCAGUAGCGACGAGGACGAAGAGGGAUAUGCCUCCGGAGCUGCUCCCUCGCAAGGAAAGAGUCAUGCACCUGCGGCGCGUGGAAGAACUCUGAAAGAUCCGAACGAGAUUCUGGCAAAGUAUGCCUCUCGUAUUAAAGUCGACGAGCUCAUUCCCUCGAUCAAAAACAAGAUCACGGACAAGUCAGACCGUGCGACGAUCGAACAAGUGCUCGACCCCCGAACCUGCAAGAUUCUCGCGAAAUUCAUCAACAAGGGCGAAAUCUCCGAGGUCAACGGCUGUAUCUCGACCGGCAAAGAAGCAAACGUCUACCACGCCAAAACCGAAACUGGCAUCCACCGCGCAAUCAAGAUCUACAAGACCUCGAUCCUGGUGUUUAAAGAUCGCGACCGGUACGUCACUGGAGAGUAUAGAUUCAGACACGGGUAUAGCAGGCAUAAUCCGCGCAAGAUGGUCAAGCUGUGGGCGGAGAAGGAAAUGCGAAACCUGAUGCGUUUAAAUCAGAGCGGGAUCCCGACGCCCAAACCGCUCGGACUGCGCUUCCACGUUCUACUGAUGGAGUUCAUCGGUACCGAAGACGGCUGGCCAUCCCCCCGUCUGCACGACGCCAAGAUCGAGAGCGCAAAGUACAUCGAGCUCUACCAUCAACUGGUCGCAUAUGUCAUCCUCAUGUACCAAAAGUGCAGGCUCGUCCACGCCGAUCUGAGCGAGUACAAUAUCCUUUAUCACAACGAGCAACUCGUCAUCAUCGAUGUCUCGCAAAGUGUCGAACAUGAUCACCCGCACUCGCUCGAGUUCUUACGCAUGGACAUCAAGAACACAAACGACUUUUUCCAAAAGCGAGGGGUGAAUGUCUUUUCUGAACGCCAGUUUUUCAAUAUCGUCAUGAACACCACAAACCCCGAAGAUUUCGAAAUCUCUAAAUUGACUGCGAUCCUCGCCGCAACCGAGCCUCUUCCUGACGUCGUUGCUGAGGGUCAGGGAAGCGACGACGCGGUGUUUCGAGAAAUGUAUAUUCCGCAAACUCUGGAGCAGGUCUACGAUAUCGAGCGAGACGUUGCGAAGAUCUCGUUAGGAGAGGGUGAAGAUCUUGUUUACAAAGAUCUGGUGAAUAUUAAUGGGGACGGCACCAGAGAUGAGGAGCAUGAGGAUGAGGAUGAGAGUGGAGAUGAUAGCGAUGACGACAGCGAGCGUUCAUUUGAAGAGAGACCAAAGGUCUUGAAAGGAAAACGAUACGAGGACAAGGAUGAAAAGAAGGAACGGAAGAAGGCGACGAAAGAGCAAAAGAAAGAGAAGAGACAGACGAAGAUGCCAAAGCAUCUUAAGAAGAAACUCGUCAACUCCUCCAAGCAUCACAAAUCAUAAUCUUCUUAGCUUCUUAAUAUUAAUUCAU